CUCGUGGGUGGGUAAAGGAACGUUGUACGGCACCACAUGUUUACUGUUUACACCAGCUAGUUGUUGUACUCGAAAUACGGAGUUCCAAAUAGUGUAUCCCAAAUAAGAAUAUAAUAUGGAGGAGCCUGAACAAGAUUUUAAUGUGUUUGUAGGCACAGAGACGGGAAUAUUGAAAGGUGUAAAUCUAAACCAGAAGGCUGUAAUCCACAAAAAUUUCCAUAAAAUUAAAGCUUUGGAAAGUGACCAAGAGAUCACCUCUAUAGCAUGGGGUGAGGAAGCACAAACAGAGGUUAUGAUGGGCCUCAGAAACCAAACGAUUCGAAUUUUUGACACAGAUGCAAUGGCUUUUGUAUCCUCCCGUAAAAUUAAUGUAGGUGAGGGACCAAUUGUCUCUCUAGCAAGAUGGGACGGGUAAGUAACAUGCACAUUU